UCAUUGUGAGUGCUGAAUGCCAGCAUGGAAGACGGGAGCUGCGGCAGCGCCAAUGCGGGCCCUGGGUUAACGCAGCGGGGAUCGCGCGGUACGACAGAUCAUUUCAAGUCAUCAUAUUUAAAGACAACUUGCAGGAGAUUCAAUUCUGACAAUCCACCACCCCAAAUUGGCAUGGGUGUGGGGUAAAUUUUCCUGGAACAUGGUUUCUUUAAUCUGCAGGGAACCACGGUCUGCCUCCGAUCUUCUCUCUAAUGCCACUUCUCCAUGUGGGCAAAACAUGACUGUGCCACAAUCUGGAGAUGUAUCAGCGCUCACCCUUCUGCAGAAUGAUGCCAGUCCUUCCUCUCCAUGUCUGCCAGAACAGCCUGAUAACAGUACUGUCACGACACAGAAGACGGGUGUUGAUGAAGGAGGCUUUAAAGAUGUGGAAGGAAUUAUUUUAUCCCAACUGGUAAAAUCAGCGGAGGAACCAAAGAAUGCUACUCCAAUGACACAGUUAAAACUCCCAGAUUUUUGUGCCCAGAUCUCUGGAGACUUCAGUCCUACACUAGAAGAAAUUGAGGAGUUUUUAAUGGAAAAGAUGGACCUUAUCCGAGAAGAGCUGGUUGAGAAGAAGCCCAUGCCUGGAACUUGGGUUCAGAAUUGCACGACAAAUGAGCAGACUUCAGAUACAGACACAACUGAACAAACUGAAGAUGUAUCAACUCCGCUAUCUCCAGAUACUUCAGCCAGUCCACCUUCCACGACAGGCAAUAUUCCGGUCAUCCUUCAAAUCCAACCUGUGCCUGGUGCUUCUUCUUUGGCACAGAGCACGAUGGGUGGUGUCCGUCUUACACAGCUUUUAAUCAGUGUACAGGGCCAAAGCCUGGCACUGGCUCCAGUCCCAGGACCUACUUCACCUGGGGACCAAAAGUAUGUUAGAAUUGCUCCUCUACCAGUGGCUGUCCGGCCAUUGACUUUAGGAGGAGUACUUGUCAGUGAUGGGCAGCAGAAAAUCCAGAAGGGUGGUCAAACAGUGAUCAGAGUUCAUAAAUGCAGUCACCCUGGAUGUAACAAGAUGUACACCAAAAGCUCACACCUUAAAGCCCACUUCCGGCGACACACGGGGGAGAAGCCUUAUGUUUGCACAUGGCCAGAGUGUGGAUGGAGGUUUUCUCGUUCUGAUGAGCUUUCAAGACACAAGAGAUCCCACUCUGGAGUGAAGCCAUACCAAUGUACUGUAUGUGACAAGAAGUUUGCCCGGAGUGACCACCUGUCCAAACACAUGAAGAUACAUCGGGGCCAGAGAGUUGGUGGAUGUCGGACACCACGACCCAGCACUUAACCUUUCUUUUUUUUGUUUGCGUUCCACUAGGUGGGCAGAAUAAAAUAAGUUGCUGCUUUAACAAAAUAUAUCCUUAGUCUAUGAUGUGAACUUGAAGGAACAGUAUAGCAAGACUAAUGGGUAAAACUGGAUCAACCCAUGCCGAAUCAAUUGCGCCUACUAGGAGUUAUGUGACAUAGACUUGCCAGUCCCACAGAUUGUGAUGAUAACUUCGACAGAAGUUACUGUGCUAUGUUGUCCGUGGCUGUUUUUUUUUGUAACAUGCCUCUCUUGUGUGUAGAGGUAGAGACCUUUGCAAUAUCCCUGUGAAUAUACCCCUACCUCUCGGUUGACAGUUACUUGUUUUGAUGGGUUAAAUGAAAGACCUUACCAAGUAGUCUGUUCAUAUACAACCCCAUAAGCAUCUGUAAUUUUGUACAGGUUUUACACAUUUUAAAGGACGUUACAUUUAUGGCACUGCUGUGUAAAGGCAGUCUUUGCAUUAUUUUUUGUUAUUGCCCUUUAAGAUGGGCAUAAAGUUAAUACAUAUAGAAGAGAAUAUAUGUAGGUACAAGGUAUGUGAGUGCACCUACAUUUUACAGCAUUCUGUAUACCAUAACAUGCACUUACCUGUGUAACAUUUUAAACCCAUUAUGACUGCAUCAUACACACUGGAGACUGUUACGAAAAUUUCAUUUUACAAUUGAAAUAACACUAAUGUGAAGAUGUCCUUACUGCUAUAACUAAAUGCUCUUACUUAUGUACAAUAUUGAACAGGACCUGUGAAAACCCCCAAAGAAGUGUCAAAUAGUAUAUUACCUUUUUUCCCAGUGCUCCCCAUUUCUAUAUCCACUUCUUUUCAAAAGUUCCUCCUUUUCCCAACUAUUGUCUCUGUUAAUUUUGGUGUCCGAUAUGUUCCUUGGCCACGCAUUGUCCAAAUGGAUGACUAGGUUGACAACUGGGCAUGAACACUCCAUGUAGCGACAGUGGUCAAUGAGAGAGGACUGUGUCAGAGCAGUUUUAGUAGUGAGAUCUGAUAGCUGUACAAUACCACGUGAUCUUGCCUUCUUCAAACAGCGAAACGUGCUGCUCAUCAUUGGCCAGGACAAAGCAGGUCAAUGCCAGGAUGCAGAAUCGGCAGUAGUGAUGAAAAUUUUCACUCGUUUUAGUAAGCCAGAACAUUUACAACAUGAGGUGCUCUUUUGGCUCCCAAUCAGCUCUCCAUUUCAUACCACUUUCUGUUUCAGCCCCUCCCCUUUUUAACAGGAAGUAAGGAGGGAGAUCAAAAUAAAUCCUCAAUCGGCUCUCCUAUGGGAGCUGGAUUCCAUUGUUCACAUAAGGGAGCCGGCUUGUUCAGGACCAACACAGAACUAGUCGUCAGAAUCAAACUGACCAAAGGGAAGGGUACAUGUCCCACUGAAGAGAAAAAACUAUCCUGGGAUCUCGCUACAGUAUCGGUGCACCAAGUUGCCUAGUUGACACUAGGCAAGUAGGAGUGUGCAAUUGUCAAUUUAUUCACACAUUUGCACACUAUGUGAAUAAUUUACAUAUUGGGAGCCAGCAAUAAUGGGGGGGGGGGGGGGGAGUGGAUAAAAAAUAGAUGCAAGGGGAACAAAGCUAAUACAAUAUAUGACACUUUUUUGGAUGGGUACAGGUCAUAGGAGCUGUCAUAGUGGGAUACCUUCUUUUAUCCAUGAAAUGUGUCAUGUUCUUCACCUUCCAUCGGUAUCGACUAUAGUUGUUAAGCACUUCAAAACUGUAAUAAAGCCCCAACAUGUUGGCUCAUCCUCCCCAUGUACAAUGUUGCAGUGACUCAUUUCCUUUUCAGUUCAGAAAAGUGAAGCAGUCACCUGAAGGUUGUAUAAGAUACUGAAGGCCCAGGUAUCUAGACCAUGGAAAGCCUCUACCCAUUGAGGGGGCAUUAGUGAUUCAUAUUUUGUGGGUGACUAAAGACUAAAGUUCUCCCACCAUUACAGGUCUUCUUACAUACUGUUACCUGUCUAUUCCAUGUAUAUAACAUUCAAGUAUUACUAUGAGAACAACAAAGUCUAAAACUAUGAAAACCACAUUUUUGUAGAACAUCACCAGUCUAAUAUUACCAUGGUUUCUACACCGUGACACAGUUGAAUGUUAAACUCUAUGUAACUUGGUUCAUUAGAUCUUUAUGGAUAAUUCUAGAAGACUUCUACUAGCUAACAAUACACCAUAACUACAACAUCGGUUUAUAUACAGUAUUUGAUAAAAAUGUGUUACAAACUAAAGUCUGUAUACCUGUAAAUGAAUCAUUUCUAAAAUAUAUGGACUUUAGGUCUCGUCUUCCAUAAAAUGUAAUGUCUCUACUGAUAAAUUACUGUACAGUUCUUACUGUUGGCAGAUAAGAGUCCAAGCAGAGUGGACAGUAGACCUAAUAUUGCAGUGGUGCUGUGUACUCUUUGGAUCUCUUGGAUCUGUUGGUGUUUUGCAUUUUAGUUGGGUUUGGUUGGGAUUUAGAUAUCUUAGAAAUCAUCAGUCUUCCAAUGGGUGUCUUGUUGUACUCACACAGAGCAUGGAGGGGACAUUUCUGUGUAUAUGUAGAUAUUUAAUUUAUACAGAGUUGGGAUAGAUCUACUUUCACUGGCACUUCUGUUACAGAUAAUGUAUUUCCAGUCUGUUCCAUGAGCAUGCUGAUCACUACAGCAUAGGCUUUAUAUAAAGGUUGGAAAUGUACAAGUUCUAUUUGGCGCUUGCCAAUUAUUCAUUUAACCUAGAAGUUCAAUGUUUCCAAUGUAUUUUGGGGUGAAGGAGCAAAGGGUAGAGAAAAAAAUGACAUUGGUUCAAAUAAAUUGCAUGGAAAUGACAAAUUCAUGGCAUUGUUAUAUAGUAUGCCCUAUGCACCAAGCCAUUCUUGACAAAUAUUGGCUCUUGCUUGCCUGAAAUACUGGGUAGACUGCACUUAAAGGGGUUGUAUCAGACUGCUGGUUCUCAACACAGUUUCAAAUUUUAUGAUCUGGAAGAGGUCUGUUGUGUAGGAGAAGUUCUCAAUAGCUCCAUUAUAGAGGAUGGCCUGACUAAGGGAUGCUCUUUUUAAUGCCUAAUUUGGAAUUUGAUGCUAUUAUAAUGAUAUACUGCAUAGUACUUUAUAAUUUUUCACUUUUAAGGUGUAUCCUAUUAUUCACCUCUGCAAUAGCCUUUUGUGCUGCAAUGUGACUGAUAUAGUACCAUGAUUACACCCGCGAUGGGCUCCCUUUUUCAGCCACUACCAUAGGAAUGAGUGAUUUGUGUUAUGGUGCCAGGUGUAACUAGAUACCUAAAUAUUAGAUAUUAAAACUAUCUUAUUGUAUUUCCUUAAAGGGUUAUUCCAACAACAGACAUUGAUGGGAUACCCCCAGAAUGCUAGAUCCAGCUUAAUGUUAGUUUUCACGUGUCGGCGCUUGAAUGAAUUCUGGUUUAUAUUAGAGCCUAUAGCAUAGUGCUAUAAUGCAGCAGGAAGACAUCAACUUCAUAAUUGAAUGUCCUUGCUUGUGGACACCCUGUUGGGAGAAAUAUGACUAAUCUCAAAGUGACAUUGAGUGAUAGAGUGCUGAGUUACAAUUGUGGGGGAUAAAACUAGUCUUAAUUAGUAUCUUGAGCUGAUAUAAGUGGAAAGAAUGUUUAUAGCUUAUUCUUCAUUAACGGAUUAGGUCUGCAUUGUGUAGUCAGUUUUCAAUGUUAAUGUGCUGUGCCGCCAUUAACAAAGAAGACCGGCUAAAUAAUGUGCUUCUAAUUACGGUAGUUAAUUGGAUCCCGCUGCUGCUCACACAGCCGCACGGUACUUGGCCGCAUUGUGUGGUCGUACCCUUAUUGUCCAUUAAUCAUAGAGGCUUGAAUAUAAUUGUAUGCUGCUGUUAAAACGAUGACUGAAAAUCCACUUUCUGUUUCAGCUGUCUUGUUACGUGAUCUUUUAUAUGCUCCGUUUUAUUGCUUGUCCACAACAGGUUGCUGCAGCCUGUGAACACUUUGAAGGGAUUCUCCGUUACACAUUUAUAUUUUCCAAAAAAUAUGAUUAAUGCAGUAUUUGGUGUAGAAAGCCAUGGUUUAAAUCCUUCCAAGCAUCCUUGCCUUUUUUUUGGUUUUCACUUUGUUUGAGAACAUACUCUAGCUGAAGACUGGCUGCCACAAAAUCACUACCGAACAAGACUGUAGCUGUUAGGGUAACCCUUAUUGACCAGACUACAUUCCUCCCAAUUUGGAUCUCAAAUCUCGGCAUAUAAACUCUUCCCUGUUCCAGCAGGAACGCCCCCAAAACUGCAUAGCGGCAGCCAUUUAAUGCAAAUCUACACACGUCCUGUUUAUGUGGUCACCUUCGUGGUUCAGCCCUGCAGAAAACAGGACACUUGUGAGGUAUGCAUACGGAGACAUGACUUACCGUAUCUGAUCUUCUCAAAUCUGGACUGACAACCUGCUGACUGCAGAGAAGGCAAACGCAGAUGGCGUCUGUCAUGCCCAAACCACGCGUUUCUCAAGUUGUAGUAUUAAUCAGAUUUCCGUUUUUCGUAAUACAUUUAACUGGUGACUCUCUUUAAGAAAAAUAAAGGGUAUUUUUUGUUUUUCAUGUUUUAAAUUCUAAGUAUUGUAUAGUUAUUUUUAUACUCUGAUCUUACAGUUUGUUCUAAAGG